AUGUGGAAGUGUUCUUCGUCUCUUUCUCCGCGCUUUUGGAUACCAACGCCAUCUUGGGUCCCUCCGGAUCUCCUCCUCGCUCCUCUCUCUUGCCUGGAUCGAUCGCCCAGUUCGUCGCUAUGGCUCGCGGCGGCCAAGGGAUGCGGGAUUGCCAAGGAGGUCGAGAUUGGGAGGAAUCUCGAGCUCCACAGGGGCGCCCAGCGAUGGGGCCUCGAUGCGAUGGUGGCGAGUAACGCGCUCAUCAGCAUGUACGCGAAAUGUGGGAGCGUGACGGAUGCGCGCGUGGUUUUCGAUGGCAUGCGCCGGCGGGAUGUGGUGUCGUGGACGGCUCUCAUUCUUGGCUAUGUCGAGUCCGGGCAGGAAGAGGUGGCGCUCGCCUUGUUCUCGCGAUCGCGAUCGAGAGGGGAAGGAGGCUCUGGCUCGUCGUAUCCUUGUGUUCCAGAUGCUCGCCUCUUUGUCGCGGCUUUGAAAGCUUGCACGAGUCUGAUCACGAGAGAGGAAGAAGAUGGUGCUGGAAUUAAUGACUGUGAUCGCUACAGGAUCCUGGAAACUGGCAAUGCCAUUCACCACAACGCAGUUGCCAGCGGCCACGCCUCCAAUCUCUUCGUCCAAAACUCGCUGCUGGCAGUGUACGCCAAGUGUGGGAGCUUGGCGAGCGCGACCAGGAUCUUCGAGGCCAUGGCGGGUCAUCGAGACGUGGUGUCGUGGAACUCGCUCAUGCUCGGCUACGUAGACAGCGGCGAGCCACGCCUGGCAUUGGACUUGUUUGCUCGAAUGACGCAACGCUCCGUCGCCAUCUCGCCGGACGCCAGGACUUUCCUCAUCGCGAUCAAGGCUUGCGCUGGGCUCGCAGCCGCCGAGGAGGGCGAGCUCCUUGCCGAUGGAAAGCUAGCCAAGACGAAAGCGCUGGAAUCGAGCAUGGCGAUUCACUCGCAGGCUCGCGCGUGCUCCCACACGGACAUGUUCCUUGCCAACGCUCUGGUGACCAGCUAUGCCAAGUGUGGGAGCCUGCUGGACGCUCGCGCGGCGUUUGACAAGGCUGUGUGUCACGACGUUGUCUCCUGGAAUGCUUUGAUCCUUGGCUGUGCCGAGAACGAGGAACCCGCGAUGGCACUCGAGCUCCAGUCGCGAAUGGAGGUUCCUUGCAAGCCCAAUGCGCCAACCUUCGUGGCGGCGCUCAAGGCUUGCUCGAUCAUGGCCGCCAACGAAGAUCUCGAGCCUCGCGACGCGAAGAAGAAGCAGCAAAGAACUAGAGCUGCUACACUCGAGCGAGGACGUGUUCUUCAUUCCCAGAUAGUUUCCUGUCGCUGCGAGGCAGACGUCUUCGUGGUCAGCGCGCUCGUUGACAUGUACGCCAAGUGUGGAAGCAUGGGCGAUGCUCGGCGAGUGUUUGAGGAGACUUCCAGCCGCUCCAGGAACGUGGUUACUUGGAACUCGAUCAUACUGGGCUAUGCCGACAAUGGAGACGCGAGCUCGGCGCUGGAGCUGCUCGGCCGUAUGGGUCUCGAAGGAGAGUGUCCGGCCCCGAAUGCUUUGACGUUUGCUGCUGCUCUCAAGGCUGGUUGCGAUGGUGCCGCCGGCUUGGAGACUGUCAAGGCGAUCCACGCUCACGUAAGCCGGAGUGGAAUGGAGGACGAGAUCGUACAAACUUCGCUCGUCGAUAGCUAUGGCAAAUGCGGUAGCAUUGGCGACUGCGAGCUUGUCUUUGGUGGCCUGGUUCCAUCCAGAAACUCCGUGACUUGGAACGCGCUCUUGGCAGGGCACAGUCGAGUGGGAGCUUUCCGCCGGACCGUGGAACUCUUUCAUCAGAUGCUGGAGGAGACAGUCCCGGUGAGCAGCGUCACCUUUGUGUGCCUUCUCACUGCUUGCAGUCACGCUGGCCUGGUCGACACUGGCCGCCGGUACUUCGAGCUCAUGGUGUCCACCUUUGGAGUGAGUCCAAGCUUGGAGCACUACCACUGCCUGGUUGAUAUGCUUGGUCGCGCUAACAGGAUCAAGGAGGCCGUGGAUGUGGUCGCUGCGAUGCCUUUCAAACCCACUGUUGUCACUUGGACGACUGUUCUAAGCGCCUGUUGGAAGUGGAGAGACGUAGAACAAGGAAGGAUGGCUUUUGAGAAGUUGGUGAGGCUGGACGGGAGGGACGAUGCAGCUUGUUUGUUGAUGGCAAAGCUCUAUGGAAGCAAAGGAAUGUGGGAGGAGCAACUCAAGAUACAAGCCUUUAGCUGCAGAGAGAUAGAUAGCAAUGCUCAGUAUCAUGGGUGA